AUGUUGUCCGGACAUGUUUCGACCAUGUUUGGGGUAAGCCGACAGCCAAGAGAAGUCGGGCAUAACGUCACGAAUCGUCGUCGCAGCCCCAGUCCAUCGAGUUCGGCGCGUCCAAAAGACGCUCCGACCACGGGCGGCGACCGGCGAGAACUUCCCAUCCCCGAGACGAGCGGGGACUGGCAGAUUGGAUGGCCAGGGGGUGGUUCGGUAGAGACCAUGAAAGGCAAUGGUGGUUUGAACCCGAAGAUGGUCAGGGUGGCGGGUGGCGAUGUGGCGAGGUUCGGUGUGGCGAAGGUUUUCUCUUAG